AUGGUCCACAAGGUUGACACUACAGGUAGUCUAGUAGUCCACAAGGUUGACACUUCAGGUAGUCUAGUUGUCCACAAGGUUGACACUUCAGGUAGUCUAGUUGUCCACAAGGUUGACACUACAGGUAGUCUAGUUGUCCACAAGGUUGACACUACAGAUAGUCUAGUUGUCCAAAAGGUUGACACUACAGGUAGUCUAAUAGUCCGCAAGGUUGACACUACAGAUAGUCUAGUUGUCCACAAGGUUGAAACUACAGGUAUUCUAGUUGUCCACAAGGUUGACACUUCAGGUAGUCUAGUUGUCCACAAGGUUGACACUACAGAUAGUCUAGUUGUCCACAAGGUUGACACCACAGGUAGUCUAGUUGUCCACAAAGUUGACACUACAGGUAGUCUAAUAGUCCACAAGGUUGACACUACAGGUAGUCUAAUAGUCCACAAGGUUGACACUUCAGGUAGUCUAGUUGUCCACAAGGGUGACAAUACAGGUAGUCUAGUAGUCCACAAAGUUGACACUACAGGUAGUCUAGUUGUCCACAAAGUUGACAAUACAGGUAGUCUAGUUGUCCACAAGGUUCACACUACAGGUAGUCUAGUUGUCCACAAGGUUCACACUACAGGUAGUCUAAUAGUCCACAAGGUUGACACUACAGAUAGUCUAGUAGUCCACAAGGUUGACACUUCAGGUAGUCUAGUUGUCCACAAGGUUGACACCACAUGUAGUCUAGCUGUCCACAAGGUUGACACUUCAGGUAGUCUAAUAGUCCACAAGGUUGACACUACAGGUAGUCUAAUAGUCCACAAGGUUGACACUACAGGUAGUCUAGUUGUCCACAAGGUUGACACUUCAGGUAGUCUAGUUGUCCACAAGGUUGACACUACAGGUAGUCUAGUUGUCCACAAGGUUGACACUACAGAUAGUCUAGUUGUCCACAAGGUUGACACUACAGGUAGUCUAAUAGUCCGCAAGGUUGACACUACAGAUAGUCUAGUUGUCCACAAGGUUGAAACUACAGGUAUUCUAGUUGUCCACAAGGUUGACACUUCAGGUAGUCUAGUUGUCCACAAGGUUGACACUACAGAUAGUCUAGUUGUCCACAAGGUUGAAACUACAGGUAGUCUAGUUGUCCAAAAGGACUUGGACAACAGGUAG